GACACAUAUGCACAGCGCCCUCUUUGGAACAACAAAUAUGGCAGCGCCCACGGAACCGACAUGACCGUGAUUUGUGUUAAUGAUGACGCAUGCACCUUCACUGCCAGAUGUCAAGAUACCUGCAGCGAAUUCAAGUCAACCUGCAUUGGUUACAUGCCUGGCUUCGUAGAGGUGUCUUUGGACGGCACAGGCCCGCAACGAUGGAAAAUCUGGACGUCCUGUACAAGAGCUCCAACUUCAUUGUCGUGAAUAAGCAUUAUGAUGUCAAGAUCAAUAGCGAUGACAGCAGUGACAAGAUCACCGUGGCAACGCAGCUCGCUCAUCGGUUUCCUGAGUUGGUGGAUGCAAGCGUCGCUCAUCAAUUUCGGUUUGUUCACCGUAUAGACUACUCCACCAGUGGAGCAUUGUGCGUCGCAUUGAACAAAAAGGCGUCGGCCGAUGCUGUGAAUAAGUUCAAGAAGCGUCAAGUCACCAAGUGUUACUAUGCUUUGUUGAGAGGUCAUGUUCGAGAUGACUUCCUGCGAAUCGACAAGCCAGUCUAUGCCAAUCCCCAGGAGGGCUAUACGCAUAUGAUGUGCGCAGUAGAUGACUCCGGCCCGGGCCACUCAUCAGACGAUGUCAGGGUACUAUCUGCAGUCACUGACUUGUAUGUUGUACAGCGGGGCCUGUAUGAUGGGCAACCAGCAAGCAAAGUGCUUCUCAAACCACAGACAGGAAGGAGGCAUCAACUGCGUGUGCACUGCUUGAGUCUCGGCCACCCGAUCGUCGGCGAUUACACGUACAGUUACCGGCGGGAUGUCAAGCCGUACCGCAUGAUGCUACACUCACACAGACUCAUCAUUCCAGCCAAAGGGGAGACCGUGGAUGUUGUGGCCCCGGAUCCGUUUGUGCCAGAGGUGGACCCACUGUGGCAACCCCUCAGUGAAAGUGGAAUCUCCCAAGAUGCAGACGAAUCUCCGAUUCAUGAAACUGUCCGAGUUGGUGCGGACACGGGAUGUCAUUUUGAGGAGCAGAAACAGAGCAGGUGACAGCGGUACGAAUACAACCUCAAAAUUUCUAACGGCAGAUAUGGAGUUGGACACUGUCCAGCGCAUCAUUGGCUGACUGACCUGUGACCCAGGGGUCAACUUGACUUAAAUAUCCACGCAUGAGUUUGUGGGUACACCUGUGGUCCAAUGGUUACAGUGUUCGCGAUCGACUUGUGUGGCGUGGCACGUGGGUUCAAAUCCUGACGGGGAACAUGGUGCUUGUGCUCUUGAGCAAGGCACUUUACCAUUAUCGCUUCGUCUUUUGGAUGGGACGUUAAGCCAUGGGUCCCAUGUGUUGUGUAAUGCACGUUAAAGAACCCAGUAACACUUAUUGCUAUAAGAGAAGGGGUUUGCCCCAGUGUUUCUGGCAGUGGCUGCAACAUGCGCUGUGGCACCUAAUGUAAACCAUUAUAAGGUUGCUACAUAAUGGGUCUCAUAUUUCUCAUAAACUUCAUUUCCCUGUCUUUAAAAAUAGACAUAAUUACCAGCGCCUUGAGCAUCUACAUUGUUGAUAGAUAUGUGCGCUAUAUAAGACUCGGGUAUUAUUAAUUACCCUAAGAAAUAUCUUUCAUGAGAAAGUGGGGGUUCUGAAAAGAACGGUGGUGAGAAUGGAGCGUGAUGUUUCAAACAGUUGGUUCUGAUCGUCCUCAGGAGACUGCUGGACUGGUGGAGCAUGCCCCAGAGAAAAAUUAGUCAGCCCCCUUUCUGAUAAAUAAGUUGGAAAUCAAUUUUGCAUUGAUGAGUUGGGGAACUUUCAAGGCACUAUAACCACUGAAUAUGAAGGAAUUUGAUUUUUGACCACAUGUUUUCACAAUGAUCGAGUAUUAGUUCUUUCACUUUUUAAAGGAAAUUAUAUUAAGGGAAAGAAUAUGUGCUUGGCCAGUUUUAAAUAAGUAUGCUUUAAACCGGCUUAGGGCCUGGAUGCAGACAUUAUCGACAAAAAGGUCCCAAGCCGAUUUGAAACAUACUUUUUCCAUACCGGCCAGUUUAAUACCGACCAAGCACAUAUUUAUUCCCAUUCAUAAAUACCUUUCGCUCAAAGAGUCAAAAUUUCAAACGAUUUUGUUCAACAAUUUUACUUCGUGUUUUGUGAAACACCCCUGUAGCUAUGUUUAUGGUAUGUGCCUCUUGCCAGUAGUACUAACAAUCUCCUUAUUUGGAGAUUGGCGAGGAUGUGGCGCGUACUGCCUGAUGUGGCGCAGAACGCAGUGGUGCCGGUGUAGUGUGACUUUAGGAUUAUAAAAUACGGACUCAUCGGUAGUAUUGUGCAUGCCUAUAAGUGAAGAUUGUGAACUUUCAACCUUAAAAGGGACCAGAUUUUGUAGAAAUACUUUUACCUACAUAACAUCUAAGACUCAUUUUUUGAGUUUCUCUGUCAUUUUUGCUCGGGUUAUUAAACAACAAAAAAAUAUUGGACCGUUCCUACAUGUAUCUCACGCCAAUAAGCAAGAAAACGCUCGUAUUGGUUUCUCUAUUAUUGUAAAAUAAACUUAAUCUAGAGGUAAUUGUUACUUGUGAAAAGUGCAAUGCAUUAUAAUAAAAGUUGAAGUUGAGAAUCAA